UUGAAGUGAAAGAUGAUCAUGAGUUGAAUCAUAUUACAAGGUUACAAGAAAACCUUUGUAUUACUAUCCAAUGUAUUGGUAAUACACUUUUAACAAUCGUUAAAUAAUCAUUGAUCAAAACAAUGAUCUUAAACAAAGCCUUGAUAAAUAUGAUGAUGUAAAGGGAAAUGGUGGUCAAUGUGCUGUGAUCCUGUAUAAUAUUAGCACUUUCGGAGUAGAUCAGUAGUACAAGGGCCGAUUCGAAAAGCUGAUAUUUAACAAUAAAUCGUAUAUCCGAUUGCUGGACAGUCAAACCUCUUAAAAGUUGCAAAGAAAUAGACGAGUCUCGUCCUUUUUUGAGAGAUUUUUGGUGGUGCAAUCUGCGAACGAUUGGCCCGUUAUGAAAAUUUUAGGAGGUUUGACUGUAUAACUCUUUGGAUCUGUCUGUUGCUUGUGCGUGGUUUUUGUUGAGUUACUUUCAGACUUUCUGUUGACUAGUUAACAUCAUUUUUUUACAUUCUUGUAACUUUGUACCAUUUUUACAUCAUUUUUGUUGUAUUUUUGUAUUACUUGUGUUAUCUAGUAACAAACUAAACACCAUCCAAGCAACAUCAGAAAUGGAUAAUCAUUUAUUGAUAGAGGAUCAUCUUAAAGUUCAACUUCAAUUUCAAAUGCAACAACUUCAACAACAACUCUCACAACAGCUUCAACAGCAACAGCAACAUCAACAACAGCAACAACAAUCAGUGAAUUCUAAUCAUAACCAACAUUCCCUGCCAUUGGAAGAUGCAACAAAUAAAAAUAUUUUGAGGAUAAAACGUGAAAAAAGGAAGCAGUUAAGAUUGAGAGAAUAUCGAAAUCUUUGUAAAAUCAUUCCUUCUCUUCAUGGAUUAAAUGAAGUUCCUAAAGUUAAAAUUAUUAAUGAAGCUGUUAAAUACAUUGAUGAACUGCACCAACGAUUAAUACACAAAAUUAUCAAGUCAUCACAAACCCAAUCACAUUCACCAUCAUUAUCGUCAUCAUCACCAUUACAAUCACCAACAACAACACCUACUACAGUAACAAUACCUCUAACACCUCCAUCAUCUGAACCAUCUUCGCCUUUACCAUCACCACAAUUGUCACCAUUAUAAUAAGAGCUGAUUUUCAAUUAGCAGUUCAGUUGUUUAAAUAAUGCGUAAAAUUAAAUUGUGAAAUUGAAAAUGAAUAUAAUUGUAUGUAAGCAUAUUUUAUAAUGUAAUGUAUAAAUAACAUUAAAUUAAAACAAUAUUUUGUCAAGAAACUCAUUCUCGUGAAGUAACUUUUGGUGGAAAAUCAAAAAUCUCUCAGGCAAAGAAAAUACAUUAUCUGACAUUGAUAAUGACUAACUAAUCGAGGUAAAACACCUAGAUUUGCAAAAAACUAAAUAAUAAAAUUACAAUUUUUGCGUUCAUCACUUGCUAUCACAACAGCAAACCGUAAUCAAAGCAAAAAAUCAUCAAUCAAAAGAGAGAGAGAGAGAUAGAGAUUUGGAGAAAAAUUAGUGAAAUCAGUUUGUAUAAAUUUUUAGCAAACCUUAGUUAUUUUUGUGAAAUAAUCGUUGUUAAUCAAACUGUAUGUAACCAAAUAUGAUCUGUAACUCUUGUGGCUUAACAAAGGAUAAAAAGUUCAUAA